UCAUAAUUAAAUGUCAUUUUCCUUGUCAAAGUGUAUUAAAUAUGUAAUACGUAAACAAGAUUCAAAAAUUUUCGUGUCAGAUUUAGUUUUAUUAAAAUUGCUCCACAAAUCUGGUUAAAAUUAUAAAUUUAGUUAUAAUUUGGAAAGAUGGCAAAUCCGAUCCAAGCUCUCAACGAAAAUUUCUUUUAUAACAGUAUGAUAGCUCGAUCGCUCAUACAACUAAUGCCUGAGAAAGAUAGAUCUAAAAUGAGGGCUUGGUUGGAUAAACUACUCGACACUGAGGAAGAUCCAGAACAAUUAACCAUAAGAAAUGAUUACAUGUGGUUUCUGUUGCUGAUGAUCCAAAGCAAGAGAGUUACUGUACCUUUUAACAAGCCUCCUCCUUCACAACUAGUACCUUUAAAGGAAAUUCUGCCGGAAGAUGUCUACGAAGAAAUAUUAUUGACUACAGAUGAAACAAUGUGUUGUUCGGUUACAGAAGGGGGUGAGUGUCCUGAAGAUCAAGAUAAAAUUUUUUCAGAAACAAAACAGGAACCUAUAAGAGCUCCUCCUUCUGUAUUUUUAACCAAUCAACCCCUUCCAAGAGAAGGUAUAAUUUGUUAUAUGGCAGUUUUUAGCGACCACGAUGACUAGAAGAAGCAGACAUUACAUUUAAUUUAUUCUUUAAUAUUUUUUAAUACAAAUCGAGAGCAGAAUAGUGCA